AUGGAAAGUGGGGGGGAGUGAGAGUGAGAGGAGAGCGCUUAGGGUUAGGGUUUUUUUGAUGCGUUGGCCUGGUUCGGGAUCCCGUUUUCCAGUUUGGCUUUCGGGUCCGGUUUGGAGAUGGCCAAUCAUGGCGCCAAGUUUGUGUCGGUGAAUCUGAACAAGUCGUAUGGACAGCAGAAUCAGCAUUCUCAUCAUACUACUCAUUACCCAUAUUCUAAUGGAGGUGGUGCCUCUUACGGGCAGGCGGCAGCUGCUGGACGGGGCAGGCCAGGGAGUGGAGGUGGUGGAGGAAUGGUGGUUUUAUCACGGAAUCGCGGUGCUGCCGCGAAGGUUGUUCCAAAACUAUCUGUUCCACCCCCCUUGAAUUUGCCAUCCUUGAGGAAAGAACAUGAGAAAUUUGAUAUGUCAGGCUCCAGUGGACUGGGUGUUGGUGCUGGGACUGGGAGUGGAUCAAGACCCUCUUCAUCGGGUGUGGGCUGGACGAAACCUGUCGCAGCAGCUUCUGCAGUGCUGGAGAAGAUUGAGAGUAGUGUUGAUACUCCUGGGGUUGAUGGGAUGGAUGCUAUGGAUGGGGUAACUCGUGGAAUUGGUUCUUAUAUGCCCCCUUCAGCUCGUUCUAAUGGGGUAGGAGCUGUCGGUUCUGCAACUGUAUCUCGAGAUAUUCCACCAUCGGCAGAGAAACCCAUGGUUUUGAGAGGUGAGGAUUUCCCAACUCUGCAGGCUGCCAGGCCUGUCUCCUCUGGGACAUCACAGAAACAGAAGGAUGGCUUAAUUCAGAAGCAGAAGCAGGCCACAUCCGAGGAAUUGACUCAGGAUAAGAGGGACAGCUAUCAUUUGGGUCCACUGGUUGAUGUGAAUCCACAGGGUCACUCCUCAAGGAACACUGGUAGGUUAUUGGAAAACGGCGGUGAGGGCCAUGGAAUGGGUAGUGGGCAAAUGGCUGAUCAAGUUCGGAAGCCGGACGAAUAUUUUCCUGAUCCACUGCCACUGGUUCACAUGAAUCCAAGGUCUGAUUGGGCAGAUGAUGAACGUGACACAGGCCAUGUAAUUGUGGAGCAGGGAAGAGAUAUUGGAUUUUCAAACAAUGAAAGUUAUUGGGAUAGAGAUUUUGACUUGCCCAGGCCCACUGUUUUGCCUCAUAAACCAGCUCAGAAUCAAUAUGACAAAUGGGGUCAACGAGACAAUGAAACUGGAAAGAGUUUUUCCAGUGAAGUCCUUAAAAUGGAUACAUAUAACAAAGAUGCGAGAGCACCUAGUCGGGAAGGUGAUGAGGUCAACAAGUGGAGAUCCACACCGCCUUACAAAGACAGUUUUAAUUCUCAAGGAGGAAAUUAUAGAGCUGAAGUUGGUGCAAGAAUGGCUGGUCACAAUAACAUGGUAAAGGAGAAUAAAUACAUCCCACCUCGUUAUGGAGACACUGGUCGAGAUGGAAGCAGCAUGCUCAAUCAGGAUUUUGCAUUUGGGAGGAGGGAUUUAGGACUUGCAGGACGGCAGCAGCAGCAGCAGCAGCAGCGACAUAAUGCAAUAGAAUCAUUUAACAAUAGAGGUGGUGAGCAUAAUUCUCGGGAUCGCCAUGUCACUGAACAACCUACUCGGUAUAGAGGUGAUAACUUUCGGAGUAAUACACUGUCCAAAUCAUCUUUUGCUUCUGGUGGGAAAAUGGCUCCGAUGACUGAUCCCAUACUAACUAUGGGUCGUGAUAAACGAUUUUCAAAAAGCGAGAGACCCUUCUCAGAUGAUCCUUUUAUGAGAGACUUCACGUCUGCUGGUUUUGAUGAAACAGAUCUCUUUCCUGGGGGUCUUGUUGGGGUGAUUAAGAGGAAGAAGGAUGCUGCCAAAUCCACUGACUUUCAUGAUCCUGUUCGUGAAUCUUUUGAGGCAGAGCUUGAAAGAGUUCAGAAAAUGCAAGAGCUUGAGCGACAGAGGAUUGUUGAAGAACAAGAAAGAGCAUUAGAGCAAGCUCGAAGAGAGGAGGAGGAGAGACAGAGAAGGAUUAGAGAAGAGGAGGAACGGCAGCGCAAGUUGGAGGAGGAAGCCCGAGAAGCUGCAUGGAGAGCUGAACAGGAGCGACUUGAGGCUAUUCGAAGAGCUGAAGAGCAGAGAAUUGCCAGGGAAGAGGAGAAGAGGAGAAUCCAGUUGGAAGAAGAGAGGAGGAAGCAAGCUGCAAAACAGAUGCUUCAGGAAUUGGAAGCUAGGAUGGCCAAGAGGCAGGCUGAAGCCACCAAGGGUGAGUCUUCUACCUCUAAAACAACUGUGGAUGAGAAACUAGAAGCUGCAGUGAAGGAGAAACAUACCUCCAAGAAUCUGGAUUCUGAUACGUGGGAAGAUGGGGAGAGAAUGGUGGAAAAUGUGAUGACUUCAGGUUCAUUUGAUUCAUCUGCUCAUAGUAGACCUGUUGAGAUGAGCUUGAGGCCUUACCCUCCUAGAGAAGGUCCUUCAAACUUUCUUGACAGAGGAAAAGCUAUUAAUUCUUGGAGAAGGGAUGUGUUUGAAAACGGCUUUCCUUCGCCACUGUCAGACCAGGAGACAGGUCAUUACAGUCCAAGACGAGAUGCAUUUGGUGGUGGCAAAGCAACUUAUCGGAAGGAGUUUAAUGGAGGAGCUGGAUACAUGCCUUCCAGGGCUUACUUAAAACCACGGGUGCAGGAACAGUACCCAGAUGAGUUUGGAUAUCAUAAAGACAAUGGCUGGAAUCUUCCUGGGAAUUCUGAGUCAUAUGGAAAAGUUAGGGAGAUAGAACCAGAAUUCAAUGAUAGCGUUGCAGAUAAGUAUGGUGAUAGUGGAUGGGGGCAGGGGCACCUUGGUGCUAAUACUCGUCCUCCUUACCCAGAGCGGUUGUAUCCGCAUUCUGAGGCAAAUGAACUUUAUUCCUAUGGGAGGUCAAGGUAUUCCAUGAGACAGCCUCGUGUGCUGCCCCCUCCACUUGCUUCAUCCCAAAGGAUUAGUUUUAGAGGAGUUACUGAACGUUCUGGUCCUUCAGCUUUUCCAGAUAAUGACAUUCAUUAUUCACAUGCAGCCAGGACUGAAUCGACCAGGCAGACAACUUAUUAUGGUAGUAAUCAAGGAGGUCUUGAGCCGUCUGAGGUUUUUGGACUGCAGCAACAAAAUAGUACUUCUGAAGACCAGAAAUUGAAUAAUCCAUCAAGGUGUGACUCACAAUCCUCACUAUCUGUUUCUAGCCCCCCGACUUCUCCACCUCAUCUCUCCCAUGAUGAGUUGGAUGAAUCUGGAGAUUCUCCUGUAACAUCAGCUGCAGCAGAAGGGAAAAGAAGUCUUCUCACCGGGAGUGGAUCUGUUGUCCACAAUGGUAAUUCUGGAAAUGAUAUAGUAGUAGUGGCAUCAGAUUCUGUCUCUGCUGUUGAGGAUGAAGAAUGGCCUCUUGAAAAUGAUGACACGCUGCAGCAGCAAGAAGAAUAUGAUGAGGAUGAAGAUGGUUAUAGAGAAGAGGAUGAAGUGCGUGAAGCAGAUGAUGAGAAUCUUGAGCUCAACCAGAAGUUUGAAGGACUGGGCUUUGAAGAGAGAGAGUCACCUGAUAUUGUGGAUAAUGUGGUCUUAGGUUUUGAUGAGGGUGUUGAAGUUGUGAUACCAAGCGACGAUUUUGAGAAGAAUUCAGGCACUGAGGAAAGGGCAUCUGGGAUUCCAGAUACGGCUGUUGGUGUCAUGGAUGAAAGAAGGUCUUCUGAUGGGUUUCCUUCUGAUGAACAUAGUCUUCUGCCUUCAGAUGAUUCUCAUGGGACAAAUGCUGAUAGCUCCUCUGGGAAGGUCACAGAAAAAUCACCAUUACAAGGUUCUAUUGGUCAACACACGCCCUAUUCCUCAGCAACAGCAGAUCUUUUAGAUAGUGCUAAUUCCUCUAAUAGUACUGGUUUGGGUGUUCAGCAAACAGUCUCAUCUUCAAAUGAUGUUAUCGCUACCGCUAGUCAGACUAAUACGCCGUCUUUAUCUUCUGCUGGAAGUCAGGGUGAUUUACCUGUUAAGCUUCAGUUUGGGUUGUUUUCAGGUCCUUCUUUGAUACCAUCUCCAGUGCCUGCUAUACAGAUUGGUUCCAUACAGAUGCCUCUGCACAUUCAUCCUCCUGUUGGUCCAUCCAUCACUCACAUGCAUCCAUCACAGCCUCCCAUGUUCCAAUUUGGUCAGCUCCACUAUUCAUCUCCUAUCACGCAGGGAGUUUUGCCGAUGGCCCCUCAAUCAAUGUCUUUUCUUCAGCCUAACAUGCUGGGCCAGUUUAAUCUGACUCAGAAUGCUGGAGGCUCCAUGACUCAUGAACCUGCUCGAGUUGCAUCCACCCAGAAUGUGACCAAGGACGAUGUGUCAUCCCUUUCAAUGAAUAAGCAGCCAAGUUUUGUGUCUGCAUCAUCCGAGCCAGAGCAAUCUACUAGGAGCCUUUCCCGGGGACUAAAUACAGUUUUGGACGCAGAGAGGCAUAAGGACAAUUCUGUUGUGCACUCAUCUUCAGCCGGGCUCUCUGGGGCUAGUGAUAACAAGAUGAAGUUAGAAUCUGUAUCCCAAGCAGAAGAGAAAGGACGACAUCAUGCUGUUUCGAAGACUUACUUGCCAUUACCUAAGGUGACGGGAUCUGAAAGUCAGUCACAGCCUGUACAACCAACAACGCAGUCUGUUGCUGGUGAGAAAAACUUCAGUGGGCUGCGAGGUCUAGGAGUGUCAUCUGGUGUCAGGGGAAAGAGAUUUGCCUAUGCAGUUAAAAAUGCAAACACGAAAUCAUCUAUGCAGGAUCAUGACACGCCAGCAGAUUCUAAUGGCUUUCAGAGAAGACCUCGACGGACUGUCCGACGGACUGAAUUUCGGGUGCGCAAUGACAGGAGGCCAACACCUGCAUCCGUUUCUUCUAAUAAUACUGGCUUGGAUGAUAAGCCUAACUCUGCAGGGAAGGCUGUGGGACUUUUUCCAAGAAGUGGAUCCAAGAGAGGCACCAUAUCUAAUAGAACUAUGAAGCAGAGAAUUGAAUCGGAGCCCUUUGCUUCUGGAAAUAUAAUCUCUCAGGAGGUCAAAUCUGAAGAUAGGGAAGCAAAAGAGAGAGCAAAAAAUUUACCAAGCCAGACUCAGAAUACUUCCCACCCUGGUGAAGUCAAUUUGAGAAGAAAUGCUCCCGAGGAGGAUGUUGAUGCUCCCUUACAGAGUGGUGUUGUUCGUGUGUUUAAACAACCUGGUAUAGAAACCCCCAGUGAUGAGGAUGAUUUCAUUGAAGUCAGAUCCAAAAGGCAGAUGCUGAACGAUCGACGUGAACAGAGGGAAAAGGAAAUCAAAGCAAAGUCACGCACCUCUAAGCCACCAUCCAAACCACGUGUUACCAGACAAAAGGUUGUAGUCCCAAGGAGCCAUAAUAAACUCUCCAUACCCUUGGCAAGUGAAGAGCCAAGCAACUCUCAGUUGGAUUUUACUGCAUCAGGGAGUCCUCACUUUGGCAAUAAUGUGGAAUCAGUAGGAUUUACUGCUGCACUUUCCAGGCCCCAGAUUGGCAUCACUGCUGUCAAUUCGGAAGCACAGCUAAUGAAGCCUUCCCAAGCACGCUCUGUGUCUGUUGCUUCUAAUGGUCGAACGGAACGCGAUCCUGGUCAAAUGUUUGACAGUAAAAAUAAGGUGAUGUCUUUGAGCCAGACCCAAAUUGAUGAGGCUAUGAAACCCGCUCGAUACGAUUCACACAUUUCUGCUGGUGGAGGCCGUUCCAGCACAGGCAGUGAUCCAAUCCUGCCAACAGCAUCCAUUUUGACAAAGGAAAAAACCUUUUCUUCUGGUGCAAGUCCAAUUAAUUCCUUGCUUGCUGGGGAGAAAAUUCAAUUUGGUGCCGUUACAUCUCCGACAGUCCUUCCCCCUAGUAGCCGUGUUGUAUCAAAUACAAUUGGUGCUCCAGGUUCUAACCGACCUGAUGUGCAAAUGUCACGCAGUUUUCCUGUGCCUGAGAAAGAUAAUUCUCUUUUCUUUGAGAAAGAGAAACACCUGAGUGACUCUUGUGUUCCCUUACAAGAUUGUGAGGCUGAAGCAGAAGCAGCUGCUUCUGCUGUUGCUGUUGCAGCCAUCAGCAGUGAUGAGAUAGCGGGGAAUGGUUUGGCAGUUAAUGACACCAAAAGUUUUGUUGGUGCUGAUAUUGACAGCAUUACAACAGGUGUGGUUGGGGACCAGCACUUGGCAAGUCAAUCACGGGGUGAGGAGCUAUUAAGUGUUUCUCUUCCAGCAGAUCUCUCUGUUGAGACAACACCAAUCUCCUUAUGGCCGCCAUUACCAAGUCCCCAGAGUUCCUCAAGCCAGAUGCUUUCACAUUUCCCUGGGGGUCCACCUUCCCACUUUCCAUUCUACGAGAUGAAUCCACUGUUGGGGGGUCCAAUUUUUGCAUUCAGUCCACAUGACGAAUCUUCUGGUACACAAUCACAGGCCCAAAAGAGUACGCCAUCGAGUUCUGCACCUCUAGGUAACUGGCAGCAAUGCCAUUCUGGUGUGGACUCAUUUUAUGGUCCUCCGGCUGGCUAUUCCGGCCCAUUCAUUGGUCCGCCUGGAGGCAUUCCCGGGGUCCAGGGGCCUCCGCAUAUGGUUGUCUACAACCAUUUUGCUCCUGUUGGACAAUACGGGCAGGUUGGUUUGAGUUUUAUGGGUACCGCAUAUAUCCCUUCUGGAAAGCAAGCUGAUUGGAAAAACAAUCCGACUUCCUCUGCCAUGCAUAUUGGUGAGGGAGACAUUAAUAAUAUGAAUAUGACUAAUGUGCAGCGGAAUGCUCCCAAUAUGACAGCUCCUGUUCAGCAUCUGGCACCUGGAUCUCCACUGUUACCUAUGCCCUCCCCGUUGCCCAUGUUUGAUGUAACUCCAUUCCAGACUGCUUCUGAUUUGCCUGUCCAAGCUCGAUGGGGACACAUCCCUGCUUCUCCACUUCACUCUUUUCCUGCCUCUCGACCAUUGCACCCACAAGGAGAAGGUGCGCCACCUUCGCAAGUCAACCACGGACAUUCAAUUGACCAAUCAUUAACUGUAAAAAGGUUCACAGAAUCCCGAACUCCAACUCCAUCAGACAAUAGCUCAAGUUUCACUGUUGCUCCAGAUACAAAUGUGGCCCCAUUUCCUUCCGAACUAGGAUUAGUAGAUUCUGGUUCAUUGAGAUCCACAUCAUCUUCAUCUGGGCAGAAUGUUGCAGUUCAAAACUCAUCAGGAAGUGCAAAUGCUGAAUCCAGCAAGGCUGACACAGUCGAGAAUGGCAAACACCAGAGUGCAAGUUCUGUCAAGACUCAGUUCGCUCAGAAAUCGACCCAACAGGGUAAUACUGCUGGCUAUAAUUAUCAAAGAGGAGUAAUCUCUCAUAGGAACAACACAGGAAAUGAAUGGUCUCAUCGGAGGAUGGGUUUUCAUGGGAGGAUCCAUUCCACCAGUAUGGAUAAAGGUUUUCCUGCUUCAAAGAUGAAACAAAUUUACGUUGCUAAGCAGACCACUAGUGGGAGUUCCACUACAUGAAACAAACAUGAUGGAGCAAUGCAUAUUAUGGAUGUUGCAAGUGCAUUUUCGUUGACAAUAAUGCCUGGUUUUGUCUUACCCCCCUGCAUUGUGGAGCUUCAUGUUAUGAUGCUUUUGGGGUCUUUUUGGAGCCUUUUUAUUGUGUUCUUGACUCGCUGGAGAGCUACACUUCUGAGUCAAGCGGUCAAGUUCCUUUCCUGAGGCUUGCUGUUUUGAACACUAUAACUAUGGCGAAGGAAUGGCACUGAGUAUUGUGUUUGGUUGACUGCAAGAUGAAAUUGUUUUAUGUUUCGCUUUUAGCUACUUGAUUUUUGAUGUAUUGGAACAUUCCAAGAGUUGGACUGAUACAUGUUUUUAGUAUUUUAUUGUAGUAUUUUUAAAUGUGGGAAACCUAUCAAUGAAUGUGUGGGUGGGUAUUCAUAUUA